AUGGACAUCGACGAGACACCAUCACUAACUUCAUCGCCUGAUCUAUCUUCCAACGGAUCCGAAAAGGACGAGCUAUUCGACGCAUGGUCUUUCCCAACCUCACAUGUUGCACCAUCAACCUAUUCCGACGUCUUCGAAGAUGACCUCUUCCGCAUGGCGAACGGAUCCUUUGGCCAAGCAUUCCCUUCCAUACCACCACCACCACUCUCAGAACCUUCCACUGCAAUGGAUUCAGUACCUGACUGUCCUCCCUUCAACAACAACAACAACAACAACAACAACAACAACAACAACACCGACACAAUCAUCCCACCCGAGCCUUCCGCCCCAGCGCCACUCAUGUCCCGCACCUCCUCAACGGGCACCACCGCAUCAACAACGACCAGCAUCGUCUCCUCCCACGCCGCCGACGCUCUCCGCGACGAACUCGCCAAUCUCAGCGUCUUCGCCGCCAGCAUGUCCCGGAAAUUCGACGCCAUCGUUCGCUCAAGAAUGCAAUACCGAGACGUAUACAGCGAAUUCGGCGUUCCUCUGGAAGAAUUUGAGGCGACGACGGAAGGGGGAGGAGGAGGAGGAGGAGUCGCGACGCCUGAUUUGAGUGAGUUGGGCAUGUCGUAUUGUAUUUCGGAAUUGAGGCGGAGGUUGAAGUGGUUGGAGCAGGACGUGGAGAAUAUGAUUGUGGCUGGGGGAUAG